AUGAAAUUAUUAAUAUUAACCUUGCUAUCCACCACUUCAAUUGUCUCUUCUUCGGGAGUUCAAUCUUUAUACACUGAUAAAGACCAUGUUCUUGAAUUAGAUAUUACCAACUUUAAUUCCUCAGUUUAUCAUCAGCCACGGGCGUUCUUUGUCGAAUUCUACGCGUCUUGGUGUGGUCAUUGUAUCCAUUACAAGCCGACCUGGGUUCAGUUUGCAACUCAGUUGAGGCAUUGGUCAAGGACGUUGCAAGUGACUGUUGUCAACUGUGCUGAUGAGAAGAACAGUCCCUUGUGCAGAGAACAUGCCAUUGCGGCGUUCCCUACAGUUAAAGUGAGUUUUUUAUUUAUAUUGUACGUGAUGUUAUUCAAUUUUUAGUACUUCAAAAUCAACAGUUCUAAUAAAGAUGAUGGCAAACUUUUCGAAGGAGACAAAUACAAUCUGUCUGAAAUGACAAAGGAUCUGGUAUCUCAUCUAAAGGCCGAUUAUGAUUCCGAGAAACCAGCCAAUUGGCCUAAAUUGGAAUUGGCUCCAGAAUCCGCGACCCUAGAUUCGCUCUGGGCUGAAGCUGGUACUGAAGCUGGAUUGCUGGCUUUGGUCAUUGACAACGCCCCUCAUGGUGAUGGUUUUGCAACGAUAGUGAACUAUCAUAACAAUGAGCAGGUCCAUGUCGCUGUCUUAUCUUCAAAUCAUCCCCUGGCCAAACAAUUUGGAGGAGUCGCGGUUCCAUCAGUUCAAGUUUUCAAGAGAUCUCAGCCUCAUUCUCCGGUUUAUUCAUCUAAUGAAGCAUUUAACUUUGCCAAAAUUUCCACUGAAAUUGAUAGGAUUCUGGAGGAAAGUGGAGCUCAACAAAAGGUGAUAAUUUUAUUCAUUUUUAUCGUGUGUUUAGGCCCCAGUGCUAGAAGCUCAAGCUGCUCAUCCAACUCUCAUUCCUAGUGUGGAUUGGAAACAAUUCGAAGUCCAAUAUCUGGAUCUGGCCUCUGCUCUUCAUUAUAUGAUUACUCAAGAGAUUCCAAGGAGAGAAGUCAUCGAGAAGGAACAUCUAAAGGCCCUCAAGGACUUUGUUCAUGUCAUGCGGAAAUAUGUUCCGUUAUCGGCUCCAAUCCGAAGAUUUUUGUUGAGAUUGGAUGAGUUUGUUCAACCAAUUACCACUAAACUCACAGCAACUGACUGGUUGGCCAAGGUCAAGGAGUUGCAAGUAAGAAAUAAAAGAUUUGAAAUUGGUUUCAUGAGGAUAUUUGAAUAAUUGGUGAUGUUUUAGGAGGAACUUGGCAAUCCUAUCCCCUCCAAGACCGACUACAAAGCCUGUCGGGGCUCUAAACCUUUCCUCAGAGGAUAUACUUGUGGACUUUGGACUCUCUUCCAUACAAUUACAGUCGAAGCAUACAAACAAAACAAACAUGGUAUGUUUUUUAGAGUGAUGGAUGAAAUUACAAAUUUAGACGUCAACUUCAAACCUGGAUAUGAUGUCCUCGAACCCAUCCAUCAGUUCAUUUACAACUAUUUGAGUUGUGUGGAAUGUGCCAAGAACUUUGAUAAGAUGGCCAGAGGGGAGAAUGGAGUUUUGGAUACGAAGAACCCGGAAGAUGUAGUUCUUUGGUUGUGGAAUGCACAUAAUCGGGCCAAUAAAAGAUUGUCAGGAGAUGCAUCAGAAGAUCCCAUCUUCAAGAAACAACAAUUCCCAAAUAAGGCGCUUUGUUUGGCUUGUCAUCGACCUGACGGAACCUUCGAUGAAGCCGAAGUCCUCAAGUUUAUGGUUCAAUAUUACUCGGACAUCAAGGUUGAUGGAGUCAGGGUGAGAAUCGGCUUCAAUCAGAGUGGUUUCUGAGAUUUUGAUACGAUGAAAAGUUAUUUUUGCGUUAUUUUAGCCGGAACCAGGAUACAAAGUGUCAGAAUUUAACAAGGGGAAGUUGGAGAAGGUCGCCAACAAACAUCUCAAUCCCAAAUUUGCUGGAAUGGCUGGGAAGGUAGAUCGUCUGGAAGAAUCGGAAAGGAGAUUAAACACCGAACUCAAUGAACUGCCACAGGGUAAACUCAUUUUUACAUUUUUUAUUGAACCUUGUAUAUUAAUUUAUAAAAUUUGUACCUAAAUUAAUAUAAAUUUAGCUGCUACAGCCGACCGAACGACCUUCUACUUGAUUUGGUUCGCGAUCGUCGCUUUGAUGUGUCUGGCUUAUAUCAAAUAUCGCCAGAACAGGAGCAAAUUCUGGAAGACGUUCUAUUACCACGACUACAAAUUGUGAUUUUUACUUUAUUUUUGAUGGUUUAGGCCGAUUUAACCCGGGUUUGUUCCGUUUCCCUGUUCUUUUGUGUGAAUUCUGGCUUUUUUACAGUAAUCCCGAGAGUUCCCCCUAAAUGUUUGGAUAGUAUCUGUAGUAUUUAAUGUAUUUCCCUAUCGUUUUCCUUUAAAUUUUUUUAUCAGUAUCAGCUUUUUCGUAACGUGUACAUUUAAUUUUACUUACUUACAUAAAAAACGGGUGAUUUCUACUAAUUUGAAUCUUUCGACCACUUCUUAGUGAAUUAACUGGUGAUUGUGAAGUUAUGUUCCAAUAAACUUGAUUCUUUUUUUAUCAAAUCGAGCUGUCCGAUUGUAAAAUGUCUAAAAAGUAAGGGGAAAAUAGUAAAUUGAUGUGGUUUCAGGUUACCCAGAGCCUAGAAACGAAGAGAAUACGGCGAUUGCUAUCUAAAUAUCAUAGUAAAUAACCUGUCUUCCUCUAUCCUGUGCGGAGAUUACUGUAUAAAAGCCAGUCACAUUACCAAAAGACCUGAAGCAAUGUAAAAUGUUACUUUAUAAGUACUUUAACUUCUAAAAAAGAAUUCUGAGCUAGUAAGAGACGACUUCGUAACCCCUUUCCCCGCUCAUAACAACAGUUUUAGGCUCCCCUGGAGUAGAACGGCCAGUUCGAACAUCUCCAAAUACAUGGUCUAA